AUGGAUGGAUACGUCUUAACACAAUCAUUCUCAACUUAUAACUCACAACUUCUUUUGGAAGUCGGCAUCUCCUUCAACCACCAAUUAGAUGGUGGCCUCUUCAACAUACGUCGGUUGAAGGCAGAAAACAUAAUAUCCAAAAAAGGAUCUUCGUACUUCAAUGUACCGACAAUGCUUCCCAUUCCUGUUCAGAUCGUCUCUGAUUUACAAAUUGAUUUAAACACAGUGGAAAUGCCUAAAGACAUGCAAAAACAUGUCAAACUCACCGUUCACUAUCAGUGGGGAUCCGCUCAAAAAAACAAGAGAGUUCACGUAUCUAAGAAAUAUACAUAG